CGACUCCCACAAUGCGGUUCGUGUGUUGUCGGACGAUUCGGUUACAGGCGGGAGAAGAUCUUGUGACAUGAUUUCAGCUUUGGGGCCCUUCGGAAACGCAUCACCGCCUCCCCGUGUAGCUAUAGACAGCUGCCGCGUCACCUCAAUAUGAGAAAAGCGACAGAAAAUGAAGGGAAGACUCGAAUACUCGCGGAAUGCUUCUCUCCGGGGAAUAAAGUCAAGGACUUUGCCUCCCAGCGGCGCUCCUUACCCCACUUCACAUCUUUACACCAGGAGACUCCAAUGAAGCCCUCUCAGGUCCCUAACCGGCUUUCUCAUCCACCUCCGAGGAGAGUGUUGCCACUUCAGCCUGAGUUGUGCUACAGAGACAGAAUGGAUCCUCAUUCCACGGGACCGAUACAUUCACCAGGGUUCGCUCCAAGCAUCCCAUCUCAUAUUGGUUCCCCAGUGAAUAGGCCCCAUCACAUUGUAAAGGACAGACUGGGCCCUCCAAAGCAACUGCCUCAACAUCCAGUGCUGUUUCCAGGCAGCCCAGUUCACACUGGAACUUCAGCUAAUAGGCCCCAGCCAAUGCCAAGGGACAGACUGGAUCCUCUGCAGCACUCUGCACAAUCAGGGCGUGUUCCAGUCAUUCCAGCCAACGUAGAUACCUCAACUACAAGACCACAGCCUUCAACUCCCAGUGUAUUUCAUCCUCCAUCCCCUCAAAUCAUAAAAACAAUAAGUAACCACUCCCCAUCCUCCCACAUCAGGAGAGAUCAAGUGGCUGAAUCCAAGGUUACCUCAUCUAACUCAGGAAAUAACAACGUAUCACCACAAAGACAAGACUUAAAUAAGGCUCAGUCCAGUGAUGUGAAGAGUUCCACACUUACUGUGCAGCUUCAUCGGCCUCCCGUGGGCCUCUUGACAUCUGUCAGUACUGACACCAGACUACCCCAAGAAGUUCACCCACGACCCCACUCAGGCUCAGAGCGCUGGCUUCCUGGUAUCAAACAGUGGUCUGCAGGGGGCUACCAGCCUCCUCCAGAUAUGCAGUCUUCAGACAUGACCAGUAAUUACAGUUCAGCCGUCAUGCACGGCUCUGUCACCCCUUGCCAGAGUCAGCAACAUGAACAAAAGCUUCCGAGUGAAUCAUUAAUUCCAGCAGUGGACUUGAAUUGCACUCCUCAGAAGCGGUCUAUGGAGACGGAGUACUGCAAUGACAAUGCCAAGAAACAGUGUCUUCAGGGAGUGAACUCUAGCUCAGACAUGCAGACUACAAAACCUGCUGCUGGCAACUCACCAGACACUCCACUUGCCUUUGAGCUGUCGUCGAAUCAUUCUUCAGUCUCAGAACUGUCACCGAACACCACAAAUGGCCAUCCGUGUAUGGAACCGGCAUGUGGACAGUCGGCAUGCUCAGAGAUAUCAGUAGUGAAACCCACACAGUCCUGCUGCACGUCAAAAACACCAUCGCCAACGGGGGCAAAGCAAGCCUUUAUAAAUUUUACUGAGAGUGAAGUGGUUAAGUUAAAAGAAAUCCGAUCACCUUUGAAUUCAGGGGAAGGAAGUGGGAGAAGAAUAAGUGAGGAAAACGAUAAAAGGGAUAAAUCAAGCACUUUGUUGUCCUCUAAGGUUCCUCAGAGAGACAUAAGAAGCUCAUGCCACACUGAAUCAGGCAGCCGCCACUCUAGUCAUACCUCAGUCUUACCGGUCAAGACCCCGAGCAGAGGUAAUCAUGGGGAGCACAGCAGAAAACCUGACAUUAGCAUUUCCAAACCUGCUUCAAAACCAAAUUCAGGUUUCCCGAGUUCUGGUACAACACAUCGGAAUAAAAUUCAUCGUGUACGAAGACCUGUAGUAAAGUUAGAUGAUAUAAAUGACCUUUUUACUCCCGAUCCCAAGACUUACAUUGUAAACCCUGGAUCUAAGACUGCAAAGCCCAAGAUACAAGGGGAAACAAUCAAAUCACCACCUUCAGAGAAAGUUUCAACCGGCACCGUAACUGGCUCCACUACCGCAGUUACUGUGUCCCCAUGUCACAAACCUCAAAGCUCCACGGUCACGUGCGCUCCACAUAAAGUCUCCUCCUCAGCAUGUGAGACACAAAUGCUCUUGCCGACUGUAACUUUGAAGCGGAUUCAUUUUGAAAAUGUAAUGUCCAUUCCUCCUAAAGACAAGAAAGUCACAGGUAGUCCCAUGACUCCUUUAGGGAUCCAGCCCAAAAAACAGAAUGUUCAGCCUGAUCACAAACACGCAUCUCUGCCUUCCAACAAUUCAGACUCAUGCACAUUAGAAGCUACCUCCUCUGAACCAACGUCUACGUCUUGUUCUCAGUCUCUGCCGCUGGUGAGGCAGAGAAGUGAAGUGGAUCGAAAACAAGCAAAAGACGAGGAUCCGAUAGAUGUGGAGCUGGACCUGGGCCUGCACUUUGAGUUGGAUAUGGAUUUGACCCAGAGCUCCCUUAGCAGUGAGGAGGAAGAGCUGAUUUCUUUACAGGAGAUGAUGGAGCGUGUUGCCAAAUCUCCAGAUAUACCGGAGAAGGGAGCCGCCUCAGGUCCGGAUACACCGGUACAUCGCAGAAGCCAGCCCAAAACUCAACUAUUGCCGUUCACCACAAAGUCAGGUGUGUACAGGAACAGCCUCGACCAGAUGCUGAUGGAUAUCAACACAGACAAAAAAGCGAAAGAGAUCGAGGCACAGCUUCUGACAGCGUGCGAGGAGGACCUGCUGAGGAUAGCUGAAUAUGAGAAGGCGGAGGAGACCCGGGAGGAGGGCAUCUCCGCUCAGCAGCAGGAGUUCCUGCAGCGCUACUCGUUAAUGUCCAGUGCAAUCAGGGAAGUGCCUCCGGGGGAGGAAGUGUUCAACCUGGAGAAGUUCGGCGAGAUCUUUAACCAGAAUACGCUGCAGCUCAGGCGAUGCAUGGUCAAUCCGCAGGGGACAGCACAGAAAACUCUUCUUUGGUCCAGCGCAGCUCAGCUGAGACUGCAUGUGAAUAUUGGAUUGUUCCAGGAGGCUUACAACUGUAGCUCACCCUGUCCAUCUCAGGUUACCCGUUUUCUUUUCAAGAUGAUGUCUGUUCACAGUGAGAGGAUGGUGUCUGAAAAGAUACUCCAAGCACUCUGUGACAUCGCCUGCACUGCUGCUUAUCAGAUAGUUGAAAACAAAUGCCAGCAGUUUGAAGUGUGGGUUCCCAGUUUAGCAGAUGUGACACUGGUUCUGAUGAAUAUGGGGAUUUCCUUUGUUACGCUGUUUCCUUUGGAGAAUCUACUGCCUCCGUUCACAGAAGGAGACUUGCUGGAUGACGUCUAUGUCAAAAGCGAGAGUCCCUCCAGUAACAAGGAGCAGAUCACUUUCCCUGAACACAACUGCAACAACAUCUUGAAGUACCUGUCUUACUGUAUGAGCCUGUGCCCUCGAGCGUACAGCGACAACGAGCUGCUGUUGCUGCUGACGAUGGUCGGCAGGGUCGGCCUGGACACGCGGCUGGUCCUCCGGUCCGGCGUGGAGCUGCACCCUGUACAGUGGAAAAUCGUCAACAACAUCAGGGACUGGGACACUAUGCUGCCCAAAAUCUGUCUGGCCCUCGCUGAUAUGACUAGUGAUCAUCACAACAUGUGUUUACUGGUUCACCUUCUGCCUAACAACACACGUGGAAAACAACUGCGCCGACACUUGAGUCUGUCCAUGAUCUCCAAGUUGUUAGAUGGAAGUUGCACCUACAGACCAACACAAACAGAGUUUCAGCUCUCUGACCUGAGGCCAUACCUUCCCCGAAUGCAACCCUCCACUCUAUUCCAAGGCAUCCAGACGUCCUCUCACGAAGAGGACACGGUCAUUUUAGACCAACAGUCGUACUACCUGUGCUACAGCCUUCUGACUCUGGCAAACGAAGCAAGCAAUUUUCAGUUCUUCCCAGGCCAUCAGAAGGAGCAGCUGCUGAUUUUGUCGUCCGAGCUGGAAACGCAUAUCAAGUGUGACAUCAGAGAGAAUGAGAAGUGUCUGUACCGGACAAAAGUGAAGGACCUGGUAGCCAGGAUUUAUACUAAGUGGCAGAUGCUCCUCCAGAGGACCAGGCCCCUCAAUGGUAAGCUGUAUGAUUAUUGGCAGCCUGGGAACACUGGGAUAAGUCGCGCAGAAGAACAAGACAAUGGAGAAGACACCACAGUAGAAGAAGAGCCUACGAUGGAGGAGAAUGAGGAAGCGGACGAAGCCAAUUUAACCGGAGAGAGUGAUGUGGCAAUGGUUUCUGAGGAUGAAGGAGAGGAGAAAGAAGAGGAGAAAGAAGAGGAGAAGGAAGAGGAGAAGGCGGAAGCAGAGGAAGAUGGUACAACAGACGAUGCAGUAAAACUUGUCAUUGAUCAGUUGAAGCAAGUGAUAACUGAGAUGGCGCCUCGAGCAGCGGAUGAGGAGAUGGAUGGCGCUAACGUAGUGUCUGCUGAUGGGGAGACUCAAGAAAAAUGUGUCCCCUGAUCACAGCAGGUGGUUUAGCUUCAAAGACUUUCUAUUUCUUUCCAGCGCUGCAAUAACUUUAGCCUUAAUGUAAAACUCAAUUUGCACUAUUCACUAGUCUUCCGUAUCUUAUCUUCGACCUUAAGUAAAAAUAUAAAUAUUAAUGUUUAUUUAUGAAUAAAUUCAUUUUAGAAAAGAACGUUUGUUGAGGGCUAAAGGCUCGUCUUUUUUUUUUUUUGCUUAUGGUGCACAAAACAAACUGAAUGUUUGUCUUUUAAAAAAGUAGUAUCACCUGAUGUCACUUCCUCUGUUGCUUACUGUGUUAUGUGUGUCUCCUUCUGCAUUUUAAUACCUGUGUUUAUGUGAAAGGAUUUUGUUUACAUCCUCUCAUACGUUAAAUUGUAUUGUGUACUGUCAAAAACAAUAUUUAUUUAAUUGUUUACGUCACCUGGUGAGAGUACAGUCAUAUGUCCGACAUGCUGGAAAUCGACCUUAAGUGAAACACACCACGAUGGAGUUCCAGGAGGUUUAGAAAUAAAUGGUGCCAUCAUGCACCAUACAAGGAUGCUGAAGUGAAGUGGUUAAAUGGAAUAAAGUGUUCAUUCAUUUACAUCGAUAUUUCUUCUGUGAAAAAGGCCUACAAGAUUGGUAAAUCAUUUCCAGAUGCGUCUUGUUAGUUGAGUCAUUGGUAUAAUUUCACUGUUCCUUGUGUGCAUUUUGUUAAGUUUUCCUUUUGGGAAAAUAUAUUUUUUUAACCGUUCAAAAGAUUUUUUUUUAUAGAUGUUGAAAAAAAUAUUGAAAUAAACUUUAUUUACUAGCUGAA